UAUACCACGGUGUCUGUGAAUCCUAUAUAAGACAAAUAACUUCUCUCUAUACAUUGUUUGUCAAUAUCAAGUCAUUAGUUUGAUUGUGUGGUGAUAGCUAAAGGAUUUAAGAAGAGCUUUUGAGACAAAUUUUGAAAAACUUUCAGUGUUGUAAUGACUUCACACGGCAAAUUCCGGAGCAGUAGUGGAAAAGGGUCAAGAAGGUCAUCAGUAAAGAAGAUAGUUACUGAUCCAAAAGAGCGCCAACGAUUGGUAGAAAAUAUCUUAAAACCAUUUAUUCUUGAAGAUUCUGUUUAUGAUAAAGUCUGCGAUGUUAUGUUGGACAAUUUCAAUAAGGGUUUGGGUAAGGAUACUAAUGCUGAUGCCAGGGUGAAAAUGUUUCCUACAUAUGUCAGAUCAGUACCAAAUGGCACAGAGGAAGGCAACUUUCUGGCGUUAGAUUUAGGAGGAACUAAUUUCCGAGUUUUAUUAAUUAAUUUAAAUGGACAGGAAGUUGAUAUGGAAAGCAAGAUAUAUUUAAUACCACAACAUAUUAUGUUAGGAACAGGAGUACAGUUAUUUGACCAUAUAGCAGAUUGUAUAUAUAAAUUCAUGAAAGAACAUAAAUUAGAAAACAAAAAAUUACCAUUAGGGUUUACUUUCUCUUUCCCUUGUAAACAACUGGGUUUAGCAGAAGCUCACCUGACAACCUGGACUAAAGGUUUUAAAUGUGAGGGUGUUGAAGGCAAAGAUAUUGUCACAUUAUUACAUGAUGCAAUAAAAAGAAAAGGGGAUAUGCAUGUUGAAUGCUUAGCUGUGAUAAAUGACACUGUGGGUGCUCUGAUGUCCUGUGCUCAUAGUGAUAGACAAUGUGGUAUUGGUUUGAUUUUAGGAACUGGUACUAACGCUUGCUAUAUUGAAAGAUUGGAGAAUGUUGAAUUAUGGGAUGCAGAUUAUGAGGAACCAAAGCAGGUGAUAAUCAAUACAGAAUGGGGAGCAUUAGGUGAUAAUGGUGAUUUAGAUUUCUUAAUAACAGAAUAUGAUAAACAUGUAGACAAGCAUUCCAUUAAUGCUGGAAAACAAAUAUAUGAGAAGAUGAUAUCUGGUAUGUAUAUGGGAGAAAUUGUCAGAUUAGUAUUAGAGAAACUACGUAAAAAUGGUUUAUUAUUUAAUGGUAAAGGAUCUGAAGAAUUAUCUACUAGAGGCAGAUUUUACACCAAAUAUGUGUCAGAAAUUGAAAGUGAUGUUGAUGAAAGUGAUUUUAAGAGUACAAAACAAGUAUUUGAUGAAUUGAAUUUGACUGAUUACACAGAUCAAGAUUGUCGUAUAGCAUUACACGUUUGCUCUCUGGUUUCUAAACGUGCUGCCUAUCUUGCCUCAGCAGGUAUUGCUACAUUGUUAAAUAAGAUGGAAAGAAAAGAUGUUAGUGUAGCUGUAGAUGGUUCAUUAUAUAGAUUUCAUCCUCAUUUUCAUGAUCUCAUGGUGGAAAAAAUCCAGAAAUUGAUCAAACCUGGUCUUAGGUUCAAAUUGAUGUUAUCUCACGAUGGUAGUGGUAAGGGUGCUGCCCUAGUCGCUGCUGUAGCUAACAGAUUAAAGGAGGAAGCACUACAAAAAAACAGUGAAGAUUAAAGAUAACAUUAUUAGGUCCUAUAUAUUAUUAUAGAAAUGAUGAAUCUCGUUUUAUCUUUAGCUGGGGUUGUGUUGAAUGAUAUCAAAACUUUGUUUUUUAUUGUUAAAUCAUCAUGAAUAAUCAUGUUAAAAUAAUGUAAAAAAUUGUUAAUCAUUUGUUUUUAUUGUCUUUGUUCACUCUGACCGGUCAUUCUCAUUCAGUGGACAAUUGGGAGAAUUUUUUUUUCAUUUUUCACUUGUUCGCUCAUUUACACGAUUUAGUUUUUGCAAUUCGGAAUUAUUCGCACCAUGGUUUAUUUUUACGCACAUAUAAUGCAUGCUUUAGAGGAUAGCUUGUCAUUUAAAAAAAACAAUUCGCAAUUUGAUUAAACAAGUAAAUUAGGGAAAAUGUUCUACUUGGUUUAUAGUUUCAGUGUGCAUGCAAAAGUCCUCUUUUCUCAUUAUUCAAAUUGACCCAGCUGUAAAUGGGUAUGAAUAAUAUUGAAAAAAUGGGUGUCGAUGAGUUUUGGACAAGGACUAGGUGGUAGAAAGGAUCUUUAAGAACUGUAGUUUUCUUCUCUUAUGGCUAGAGAAGUUUCUUUCUUUCAUUUGUUUUUAAAUAAAGUCACAUGUUAAAAUCUAAAACUUAUCAAGCCAUUCAUAUCACCCCAUUUUCACAUUUUAAUAAUUUGAUAGGAUUAAACAGAAUACUUGCAAAAAUAUAACCUUUACAUAUCUCAAAGUGUUUCAUGAAUAUCAUAGACUUAACUUGAGUUUUUAUCAACUAAAUGCAUGUUUUGCAGGUUUUAACCAAAUGAUUCAAAACCAUCAUGGUCUUUCCUUCGUUGAUUUUAUUAAAAUUUUUAAGAAUGUGGUAUAGCUAUACUGUACUAAUUGAUUUUAACAGUUUGUACAAUGAGUAUAUAAGGAUAACCAUCUGUGUUUUGGAUACAAACCCAUCAUCAGGAAUAGAUUUAUUUAUGACCCCACAUAGUCAUAUCUGCUUAAUUGUAAUUAAUUGUUCAUUAUUUAAAACAAAACCAAUGGAUGUUUUUAUUCUGAAAUAAUUUAUUUAAUGGUAAAUAUUUAAAUUUUUAAUGUCUUUCAUUUUCCAUCUUAUAUAGACACAGUUCUCUGAUUAUUCAUAUGAAGAGGUUUAAAGACGAUUGCUGUGUGUGAAUUGGGUACUCUUAUUGCUUUUAUGUAACCCAUUUCUGUCCUGGUCUUGUAAAAAAACAAGAUGGCACAACAGGUUAAAAAUUUGGAAAGGUGCAUUGGAUAUGUCUCCAAUAACGUGAAUACAUGUAAAGGUGCCCUCACAUCAUAGCGGUUGCAACUAAUGAAAGAGGUCACAAGUACCGAAUGCAACGCACAGCUCAGUUGCAUGAGAGUUGUGUUUGAAACUUAUUACCGCUAUAAUUCUAGUUCUUGUAAAAAACAAGAUGGCAUAUAAGCAAAAGGUUCAAAAAUUGGAAUGGUGCAUUGAACAUGUCUCCAAUUAACACAAAUACAUGUUACGGUGCCCUCACAUCAUAGCAGUUUCAAAUAAUGAAAUUGGUCACGCGUACCGAAUGCAACGCACAACUCAGUUGCAUGAGAGUUGCAUUUGAAACUUAUUACAGCUAUUCUUAUUUCAAGCCGUACACAACUGCUAAUUGCAGUUGUUUAAGAGACGUUUAAUUCAAAAAGCCUCUUUGAGUCACUUCAUUAGCGAAUGAUUAGAGAACUGGUUUUUUUUAAUGUACAGUCGUCAUUAUUUUUAUUUGCUUGAUUAUAAAUAAGGGUUAAUAAAAAUGAUUGUAAAUAUAGAUUAAUUAAAUCUUUGUAAAUAUG